GAAGGUUGAAGUGAAAACAACUGUGGCUCAGGCAGGGUGGGACUCUGAAGGCCGCCGUCUUUACAGGUCCUCCUAAGAUUUUCCUAUUUAAUCAUUCAAGAUUCCUGGCCACAUGUACGUCUCUAAGUAAAUAGUGGGAAAAGUUUGGAUAUUUCUGGAAAGCUGGGUGAGAUUAGUUCAUAAAUUCGUGUUAAAAUCGAGUCAAAAAAAUCUGCCACAGAAAUGGACGAAAAGGCGUUUACGAAGGAGCUGGAUCAAUGGAUCGAACAGCUGAAUGAAUGCAAACAACUGUCAGAAAACCAAGUCAAGUCCCUAUGCGAAAAGGCUAAAGAAAUCCUGACCAAGGAGUCUAAUGUCCAGGAGGUGAGAUGUCCGGUCACUGUCUGUGGAGAUGUGCACGGUCAGUUUCAUGACCUCAUGGAGCUCUUUAGAAUCGGCGGAAAGUCACCUGACACAAACUACCUGUUCAUGGGAGAUUAUGUGGACCGAGGCUACUAUUCUGUGGAGACGGUCACUCUGCUCGUCGCUCUUAAGGUAAGGUACCGUGAACGCAUAACAAUUCUUCGUGGGAACCACGAGAGCAGACAGAUCACACAAGUCUACGGCUUUUAUGACGAGUGCCUACGGAAAUACGGCAACGCAAAUGUUUGGAAAUACUUCACAGACCUCUUUGAUUACCUUCCACUUACUGCUUUGGUGGAUGGACAGAUAUUCUGUCUUCACGGAGGAUUGUCACCGUCCAUAGACACUCUUGAUCACAUCAGAGCACUGGACCGUUUACAGGAGGUUCCUCAUGAGGGGCCCAUGUGUGAUUUAUUGUGGUCAGAUCCAGAUGAUCGUGGAGGUUGGGGCAUUUCUCCCAGAGGUGCAGGCUACACCUUUGGACAGGACAUAUCCGAGACGUUUAACCACGCAAACGGCCUUACUCUGGUGUCUAGAGCUCACCAGCUAGUGAUGGAGGGUUACAACUGGUGUCACGAUCGCAAUGUGGUAACAAUUUUCAGCGCACCCAACUACUGCUAUCGCUGUGGUAAUCAGGCCGCUAUUAUGGAGCUGGAUGACACCCUGAAGUACUCCUUCCUUCAGUUUGACCCCGCCCCUCGCAGAGGAGAGCCGCACGUCACCCGCCGUACCCCCGACUACUUCCUGUGAACCUUUCCGCGCUGCACAGUAUUGCCAUGAUAUCAUAAUCUUCAUUCAGUUUAAAAUAAGAGGAGAGGAAUGGGCAACAGUAUAAAAAGAUGUUAAAGUGAAAAAUGUCUGUGGACCAAAAGGUGUGUGCCAUAACCAAACCGAUGCAGAAGCCUCUAUCUGACAGCACGACCCUGACAUAUUCUGUCCCAUCUUGCUUCAUUCCUCCAGUCCUUAUAUGGAUGCCUGUGAAAUCGGAUGUUCUCCAUCUGCCCUGUAUGUGUCUUUUCUUUCUGUGUCCAUUUGCACUUUCUUUUCCUCAUUAAAUGAAAGUUGAUGCAGUCGGAUGUCACAUUCACACCA